AUGGAUGCGACAGCUUUGCUUCCGCUGCUUGAGCAGCUGGAUGAUCAAAUCGAUGACCUCGAAGAGGUCCUUCAGCCAGUUCUUGGACAAGCUCUGUCCAAAACUUCGAGUAACUUGCCCGUUAUGGACAAAGCCAAAUUCAACGUACUCAUCACAUAUACUCUCGAAUCCCUACUUUUCUCGUACUUGAAACUACAUGGAGUGGACGCCGUGCAGCACCCUGUUUUCCGAGAAAUUACCCGCGUGAAGCAAUAUUUCGCAAAGAUCAAGAACCUUGAACAGCCGGAAGAACGCAACAUGACUCUUGACAAAGAGGCUGCAGGAAGAUUCAUCAAGCACGGUUUAGCUGGAAAUGAGAAAAUCGAUUUGGAGCGUGCCGAAAGAGAAGCAAAGGAAAAGGCUCGUGCAGAGGUUCGGGCUGCUAUGCUUGCCAAGAAGAGUGCCUCAAAGUCGCAGGAUUCUGCAGGUCAGACUGACGAUCUCAAGGACUCACCCUCAUCCGACGACGACGAUGAUAACAUGUCUGACGAAGGAAUACAGGCGGAAAGCGAGAUAAUUGAAGCUUUAGAUAACAAGCCUCAGAGUGGAACUACCGAUAAUGAGAAACGGAAAGGCAAAAGACAUGAGGAAAAGAAAAAAGCAAAAAAGGAAAAGAAGAUUAGCGCGGGAGACCGAAAGGAGGCUAGAAAGGAGAGGCGAGCCAAGAAGCAACAGAUUCGAAAGGCCCGACAUGCCCAGAAAGCCACUUGA